AUGGACUGGCUCUGUUGGAAAGCGCAGGAGAGUCUGCAGAGUGCCAGAGGGGGUGGGCUCAGACGCCAGCCCGCCUGGAAGCGGAAGCGGGACUUCUUGGGUCGGAUACACUGGCUCAGCAGCCAUCGAGCUCGACAUGGCUAUCCACUUCCCAUCAUCACCUCAACCAUCCAGAGAACACAUAACCACCCCGGCAUCAAUGUAGAUGUCCAGCCAACAUCACUGGGUGAUCUCUUCAGGGAGUGUCGAGACACAUCCUGGGGGAGUUCCGACUCCCAAAAGAGAACAGAAGAGGCGGCCGAACGCCGCUCGAGACCCGCACUCGGCCGUCCCCCGCUCCCUGCAAGGCCAUCCAGCCAAGCCCCAGCUGACCCUGGCACGAGCUGCUCGAUUCCAUCACGGGUUUUCACAACGAAGACCAGGAAGAAGUGCACUGGUGGACCCGCGGCGGCAAGAACCAAACUCAGACACCAUCCCACGAGCCCAGCCUCCCGGAAGGGUGUCUCUUGA